UAUCAACAUUUAUAUAUUAAUAACCAAUUUUUAUACCAUUAUAAUAAUCUUGAAUAUAAAUGUAUAAACAAUUAAACUUAUAUCAAAUGUAACUAUUAUUAAUCUCAAUAUAAAUAUAAAACACUCAUACGUGGUAAUUUAAAUACCACGUAUGAUUAAAAGGGGGAAGGUACAUUAAUACAUUAACCAUUUGAAAAAUAAGCCUGAUGUAUUAAGCGGGCAAAGAUAAGAAGUAGCAUACCGGACAAGGUGUUAGAUUGCACCUUGGGAGAAUACCUUCCUCCUACGCGAAGAGUCCAAUCGUCCCUCCAUGUCGCAUGAUGUAAUAGCUAGGAAGUGUGUCUCUCUCUUUCUCCUUCUCACUCUCUCUCAGUGUCCGUCUCUCCAUACAAAAAGAGAUUAAGCGAACGUAUACAAAACAUCUAACUGGAUAAUUAAUUCAUUAAUCUUGCUCUAAUAAUUAAAAUAAUUCGAAUCAACAUUAAAUAAAUAAAAAUUAAUAAAUAAAUUAAAGAAAAAGAUAACAUGUAGUCGUUUUGCAAUCAACUUUAAAUAAUAAAUGUUUCCUAGCAACGAGACACCAUGCGAUAUAUCGGAAUUCACUAACAAACAAGCGAUACAUAUAAAUCUUCCGACCAAUAUUAUUAUUAUUAUUGUUAUUGUUGUUGUUAUUGUUGUUGUUGUUGUUGUUGCUGCUGCUGCUUCUGCUGCUGCUGCUGCUGCUGCUGCUGCUGCUGCUGCUGCUGCUGCUGCUGCUGCUGCUGCUGCUGCUGCUGCUGCUGCUGCUGCUGCUGCUGCUGCUGCUGCUGCUGCUGCUGCUGCUGCUGCUGCUGCUGCUGCUGCUGCUGCUGCUGCUGCUGCUGCUGCUGCUGCUGCUGCUGCUGCUGCUGCUGCUGCUGCUGCUGCUGCUGCUGCUGCUGCUGCUGCUGCUGCUGCUGCUGCUGCUGCUGCU